UAUAAAGCAUCAUCUCAGCUACUGAAUAUUCAUCAGUUCAUCUUCAGAUUUCUUCUUGUAAACACAUCUCAACUACCUCAAACCAUUCAUAAUGUUCAAGAUCCUUGCCCUCAUUGCCUGUCUGGCUAUCGUCGCCUCGGCCCAGUACCAUGGAGUGCCCGAGCACAAGGAUUACCACGAUCAUCCGAAGUACAAGUUCGAGUAUGGCGUGAAGGAUCCUCACACCGGAGACCACAAGACCCAGUGGGAAGUGCGCGAUGGCGAUGUCGUCAAGGGACAGUACACGCUGCACGAGGCCGACGGUACCGAGCGCGUGGUUGACUACAAGUCGGACGGUCACAACGGAUUCGAGGCUGAUGUCAAGAAGGUCGGACACGCCCACCACCCGAGCCAUCCGGUCCAUGCUCCAGUCCAUCAUGCCCCAACUCACGCGCCAGUGCAUGUGCCGGAGCAUCAUGUCCACCACGGAUACUCUGGCGCCAGCUACGUUAACGUCGAUAAGCACUACUAAGUGAUUACCAUCGGAACGCAAACGAACCAAACCAAAAUGUUAUUUAAUAAACAAAAAGCAACGCAGUAUGAACAUGCAAUCCUUAACAA